AUGGCUAAUCCGGGCGGCGGCGACGGCGGUCGUGGUGGCCGGAGCAGCGGUGGCGUUGUGGGUGGGUACGGAGACCUCCCCGGACUCAGGAGCGAUGCGCACAGAGGAAUCGAAGUCGACGGCGAGGAGUCCAGUUCGUCUGCUUACUACAGCGACGACGACGAGGGCAUGGAGGCGCCGCUGUCCAUGGAGCAGCGGCUGCGGCUGGCUGAGAUCUGGGUGGCCAACCCUUCCACGAGCCAUCACUGGAGCCAUGGAUUGGGUGGCGUACUUUUGGAUGAUGCUGUUUGGGAUGUUAGGAUUCACUUCGAUGCUCACCAUAAUUUGGAUAGGAAGAUAUGCAACUCAGAUGUCACAUAUUUGAAUUUGUAUGCACUGAUGCGAACACAAGGAUUUAACUUCAGUGAUGAAUUGUACCGCAUGGGGAAUACAUGCAUAGGAGUGCGGAGAGAGCAUGCCCUAGAUUUGAUAGACACAAACAUCAAGUUGCAGCAAUUUAAGAAGCAGAAUGAGGACAGUUUAGUUCUGAACUUGUUAGUCAGGGCCACAUCAUUUGUCAGUACUGCAUCUCAUGUUAGUGAGAAAAAAUUAGCCACAGUUUUAUAUGAAGAACCUGUUGUGUAUGAUCUGAGAGAUCCUCCUGUGCUUGCUGUUGAUGAUCAUGGUGUUGUUUAUGAGAGUCAAAGCAGCAACAGUAGUGCAGUAGUACAACCUGCUGGUAUGUGCACACAAGAGAGCAGAAAUGUCAGCAAGAGGAAGCUCAAAUCUGUGAUGGAAGAAGAGGAAGAGGAGGGAUAUAAGAGUACUGAUGACUCUCAAGGGGCAUAUGACAGUGACAACAACCCUUUCUGCAUGAAGAAGUACAAGAUUGCUGAAGACACAGAGAUAAUAGAGGGAAAGAGGCUAGCAGAUGCAGAACUAGAAGAGGAUGCAGAUUCAGAUGAAGAAACAGAUGAAAAUUCAGAUAAGGAACAUCUACACUAUGAGGGUGACACUGAGGUUGAGGAGUUGUUUGAUAUUGAGGAGGAUGAGGAGGAAGAUUCUGAGAAGGAGAAGGAACCACCCAUGAAAGCAGCUGGUAAAAAGAGGCAAAAGCUGCCAGUUAGGAGAGGGCCCACCACUAGGACACAUUCUAAUGUGUUAGAGGACUUGAAACCAGAUUUCAGACCAUCAUCAGAUGAAGAAGAUACUGGGUUGCUAUUGGAUAGUGAAGAUGAUGAAUUUGAGCCACUAGCAUUUGUCCUACCAAAAGGAAGGAAGAGUAGGGCCAUGAAAAGGCCAGCAAGGAUAUGGUCUGAUCCAAACACAAGUAUUUUGACUCUGAUUGACAACUGCAAUGAGAAGUAUGGUGUUGAUGUGCCCAAGCACAUGGCCUAUAGGGCCAAAAACCUUGCUGUAGAGGCUGUUUUAGGAGAGCACAAGAAACAGUAUCCCAGGCUGAGGGACUAUGCUCAAACAAUCAUGGAUACAAACCCUGGGAGUAGAGUUAUAGUUACAACUGUAACCCCAAAACCUACUACAAAAAUACCACAUCCAGGACCAAGGUUUCAUGCUAUGUUCUUCUGCAUCAAUGGAGCAAGGGAGGGCUUUCUCAGUGCAUGCAGACCAUUCAUAGGUGUUGAUGGCUGCUUUAUUAAGCUCACCACUGGAGCUCAAAUACUUGCUGCCACUGGCAGAGAUGGCAACAACAACAUUUUCCCACUGGCAUUUGGUAUUGUUGGACAAGAGGAUACAACAAAUUGGUGUUGGUUUCUGCAUCAACUGAAGAUAUGUCUAGGAGGAGAAGUUGGACAAUUUGGUCCUUAUACUAUCAUGUCUGAUAGACAGAAGAAUGCUGGGUUUAGGGGAGAAGAUCUUAAGAAAUGCAUGGAUAAUGCUAGUUAUGCUUAUAACCAAUACAAGUUUGACAUUGCAAUGAAUGAUCUAAAAAAUGAGAGUGAGGAAGCUUGGAAGUGGCUGAGUGGAAUACCUGCAAGAUUCUGGGCUAGGCAUGCUUUUGUCACAAACUGUAAGACAGACUUGGUUGUUAACAACCUAUCUGAGGUGUUCAACAAGUACAUCCUUGAUUUUAGGAAAAAACCUAUUAGGACUAUGAUUGACGGUAUUAAGAAUAAGCAGAUGGCAUCUAGAAGACCAAGGAAUGUUGAUGAAGCAAGGGCACAGGCUGCACCAGCAAGGGCAGAGGCUGCACCAGCAAGGGCACAGGUUGCACCAGCAAGAGGAGAGGCUGCACCAGCAAGAGCACAGGCUGCACCAAGAGCACAUGCUGCACCAAGAGCUGGUGCAAGGCAUGGUGCUGCAAGGCAUUCAAGGCCUUUCUCUGCACCAAGAGCUGCUGCUGGGACUUCCACUUCUGGUGCUUCCACUUCUGCUGGCCCUACAACUCAUACUGGAUGGAUGUCCUAUUUAACUGCAAGUGGAAAUACCUGA